ACUCUCGAAGGUUUUUUUUUAUUUCAGUCUUUCCCUUGCUCUCUUUCGCAGAUUCUCUCCCUCACUUUUUUUGCUUUCUUUGUCCCUUUUCCUCCCUUGUUUUUUUUCCUUUCCUUCUCCCUCUCUUUGUCUCUCACUCUCCUUUGCUCUCUUUAAGUCUCGCUCUUUUACACUCUGACUCUUUAGCAUUCACUCUCUUGUUCUUUUAUGCCCUCUCUCGCUCUCUCUAGCAUACUCUCUCUUGUCUUGGUCUCACAUUCUCUUUCCCUCUAUUUUUCUCUUUCAUUCACUCUUUCUUGCCCUCCCUUGUUUUUUUGUGUUCAUUGCCCUUUCUGUGUUUCUUACUCUUUAUCCUGCUCUCAUCUACGUAAUCUUGCCCCUUUCUCCCUCUGUUUCUCUCUCUCUCCCUCUCUCUCUCACUCUCUGUCUUUCUCUCUUUCAUGCGCUCACACACAUACACAAUCUCUCUCUCUCUUCUUUCUUCACUCUCUCAAAAAGAAAAGAAACAAAGAAUAGCCUACUUUUCAUUUUUCAUUUAUUAGUUUAUUUUUUCUUUUUUUUCAUUUUUAAUCUUUUAUUUUUAGUUAAGCUUAUUAUAAAUUAUGGCCAUCCACGUGGUCAUUUAUUAGUUAUGUAUACCAAUACUUGUUGUAUUUUAUUUUAUGUAAGAUAAAUAACUUUAUUAUACACUUUUUUUGGAUUCAUGAAUUUGGAUUUGUGUUUUUCAUUUUAUGUCUUCCUUUCUUUCCUUUUUAUUUUUUCACCACCCUCUUGAGUGUCACACGUGUGUGUGUGUGUGUGUAUUGUCUAAGAGAAGCAGCCAGCGCUCACACGGGCUGAGUGUGUCUCUCAGCAGGAUUACUCUCACUGGCAGUGUGUGUGAGCGCUCAGUGUGUGUUGAGGUUCUGUGUGUGUUCCAGCUGCACCCAUGUCUCCGUGGUCCCCUCUGCUGCAAGGACUCUCUCUUGGCUGCCUAUUCUCACUGCUGCCUCUCCUAAUCCCACAAGUUGACGGGCUGCAGUGUUAUGCCUGUAACAUCGUCCAGGGUCAGAGGUAUGUGGAUGUAGGCUGCUCCAGCCCUGAGGUCAUCACCUGCUCCCAUUCCCACAAAGGCUUCAAGCAGCGCUUCUGCAUCAGAACAGAGAGCAUUACCCUGGGCAUCGUCCUGACCAGUGGAUGUGCCACAUCCCGCCACUGCCACACUGAGGAGCUCCCAGGAGUCAAAAUACACUGCUGCGACUCAGACCUGUGCAACAGCGCCUCCUCAUGGCACAUAUCUUCAUUACAGGCACUUUGCUCACUGACAGUCACUCUUGCAGUGGUGUGGUUACAUCUAUGAUCACCUCUGAUCUGAACUGAUUUUGCCUGAAGAAAGAGCCGAGCAGAACUGGAGCAAAUCUUCCCAUACCUGUGGAACAUGGCAAUGGAUGGACACUGUCAUGAUAUGUUAUCUUACAGUGCAAGUUUUAUAUUGAAAGUUCAGACAUUCUUAUUUGGAAUGGACAGUCUACAAAAAAAAAAAUGGGAUGAGAAAAUGGGAAUGGAUGCUGUAUGUGAUGCUGAUCAUGUAGCCUAAGUAAUUGCACUAAAAAGGGAACACUGGUCCUUUCUUCUUUUUUUAGAAUACUAUUGGGGGACGUUGGUGUCGAUUGAUAUGGAUCAAAAAGCGAUACUUCAACUACUGAUUAUUAUUAUUAGCAUUAUUCAUAGUCUACUCUAUUUAAUCUGAUCAAUGCUAUCAAUAUUAUUAGCAUUUCUCAAUCAUCAAACAACCCAGCCAGCAUUCUUAUGUAGGGUUCACAUGCGUGGACUAUGGGCUAAGAGGGUUUCAGGUGGACUUGGGUUUGAACCCAAAUGGGUGUCAUAACAGCCCACCCUAAUCUCAGAAUACAUCAGCCAGAUCCUCUUGGGCUUGUGCACUAUAGGUGUAAAAUGUUCCUUAUGUCAUCGGAGUGCAGAUUUAGAGGAGGACCACUGUAUAAAACAGGGGUUCUCAACUGGUUUCAGCCCAGGAUCCACAUUUUCUCAUGUUCAUUAGGUCACAAAACACUUGUAUAGAAUUUUUGAAAACAGCCUUCAAACACACAUUUAAACAUACAUAUUCAUGUAAAGUGAAUAUAAUAGAUUUUUUUAAGAAACUGAGGAGAAACAUGACCACUGUAUAAACAUUACUAAACUAAAAUUAAAUAUCACAAUUUGAUAUUUCACUUUUCUGCAUCUCUCUGCAUUCAGAUUACAUUAAUGAACUCAUAUAAACAAUGAGUAAAAAAUCAGAUGAGCAUUAAUUAUUUAAAAAAAAAAUGUUUUUACAAGCUGUUCAUGACCCACUUUUGGGUCCCAAUCCACCAGUUGAGAAUUUCUGGUCAGUGGAUUUGGUGUAUGAUGGUGUUACAUGACUUUUGUACCAGUUAAGCUCAAUUAUGUAGUCAAUUACAUGCCAAGACCACAUGGCUUGUCAACAAAACCAGAUCACUGUUAAAAGUAUACACCCACAACCAAGCUCAGCAACAUUUCUAUUAAUA